AACCUGGGCCCCCGCGCCACCUGCCGCAGCGGCUCCCGGUGCAGCCCGCGCGCUCGCCAGGCCUUCAUGCCCCGAGGACUGGCAGACAAAACAGGCCCCGAGGAAUGUGAUGCUGUUGCCCUUUUAAGCCUCAUCAACUCCUGUGAUCACUUCACGGUUGAUCGAAAGAAAGUCACAGAGGUGAUUAAGUGUCGUAAUGAGAUCAUGCAUUCUUCAGAGAUGAAAGUGUCUUCUCUGUGGCUUCGAGAUUUUCAGAUGAAGAUCCAAAAUUUUCUGAAUGAAUUCAAGAAUAUCCCAGAGAUUGUGGCAGCCUAUGCCAGAAUAGAACAGCUGUUGACAUCUGACUGGGCUGUUCACAUCCCUGCAGAAGAUCAGCGAGAUGGGUGUGAAUAUGAAACAGGAGUUUACUUGAGUGAGAGCCAAGUAAAUGAAAUAGAAAUGGAAUUACUAAAGGAGAGACUUCAAGAGAUCUAUCUUCAAGCACAAGAACAAGACGUGUUGCCUGAAGAGAUCUUAAAUCGACUGGAAGUGGUGAAAGAAUUUCUAAGAAACAAUAAGGAUCUUAGAAAUGGUCUUACAGAAGAUCUACAGAAGCUAGACGGCCUGUAUCUCCAGCAUCAAAAACCAGAUUCAAAGGAACCUGGGGCACAGACACCCGAAGGGAAGGCCUGAGGCGGCCCUUUGACAAAAACCAGGCCCGUUGUGUGAAGGUCAGCACGGCUCCAGUCUCAGCCCCUCUUGUCCGCGCAGAAGGAAAAACUUCCCGAAGUACCCCACCCAAACAAAAAGGUGUUUUUGUUGUCUUUUCGUGACUUUCCUUUGACUCUUUGAGAAUAUUUUUUUAAUAUUCAUAAGCUUGAUGUUGUGUUAUCUGUCACCGACCAAAAAAUGUUAGCUACUGUUGUGCCAAAACUUGCUCUCA